CUGUCUCCUGAUAUUAGGAUUGGAAUGUGUUUUGCCUGUAGGAUAUCUUUUUCUGGUACUGAAAGCUGGAGUUUCUUUGAAAAGAAAGUAAUAGUUAAUUGGAAGACAAAUGCUUCCACAUAUGCCAGGACACCAGCUGCUUUUCUGCUCACUGUUGUGAUCCCUUUCCUCUUUCUGCAGAACUUUGAAGACGUCAUUUAGGAGCUAUUGGCAGAAAACCAAUGUUGGCGACAGAAUGGGAGGCCUGGUACAGUGGGUUGGUUUCAGCAGCCUGAGCCAAGUACUUCUGGUUUUUUUCCUCAUUCUGUUUCUCACAUUGAUUCCUGCAUUGCUCCAGCAAAUCAGUUCCCCUUUCACCUUAAGUAACAUCUACCACAAAAUAGGGGAGCUCUUAUAGUACACUACAUGUAACUAUGGAUUUGCCUGCUCUGUCAGGCCUUAAUUACCUAAAUGGGGACUAUUUAUGGGAAAGUUUUCACUCAAGGCUGGUUUCCCCCUCCAGUCCAACUUCUAGGCCAUUAAAGUAUGUAGUUUUAAAAAAAAAUAGAUUACAAAGUGUGUAUUCUGAAAUUAAGUAGUUGUGAUUUGAGGAUUAUGUGCUUUGUUUACUACAAAAAUCAGGAGUUAAUUGAAUUUUGAUAGAUAGUAAAGAAGUAGUGAGAAAGAAUCCCCUAGGUCACCUGGGCCCCCUAAUUCCUUAGGUGUUAACCACAGGCAUGUCCAAAUCUGGCUAUUACCGUUUAUUAAUGAUUUGAGCAUGAUUUCUGCCCAGUUUCUCUUAUGUGUGCUCUCUCACUCUCUCUCUCUCCCUCUCACACACACACACGCACACACACACCACACAGUUUUGACCUUAAGUCCUAUUACUAUACUAUUAGAGCACUACAAUAUCAUUUUCAUUUCUCAUUCUCAAAACACAUGGCAAAGAGAUCCUUUGUAGCCCAUUGUGUUCCCGGGUAUACAUCCAAGAUGAUUCUGUGAUCUUUCCAGUCUCCAUGUCUGUGGUUGGUGACAUGCUCCAGGCUCUCUGCAAUGAUGUAAACCCUUGUGUGCAGUCCAAUGGAAUGCCCGGAGUCUUGAAAUGGGACACUCCCACAGACUGUCCAAGAAGUCUGCUGACUGGCUCUGAAAGGUGCCUGUCGGUGGGCACAUGCUGUGACUGGCUGACACAGUACCUUGGCCAUCAAGCAGAAUUUUAAGCCUGUCAGCAAUAUCAUUUAGAUAUAAGCUUGAUUUUAGUAGCCAAGAGUUAAGUAAUGAGAAAUAUGUCUUGAUAAUUUUUAUUGUUGAUGUUGGUGGUUCUGUUUUCCCUGUAGAGUUUUGUUUUUCUCAAAAUCUUUACUUUUCCUUACUUUUUACAGAACCAGUCUUUGAUUUUCAAGGGAUUUUGAGAGGCUUUUUCACCUAUCCCCACUAGAACUCCAGUCAGACCAGGCUAGCAAAUAAUGUUAUUUUUCCUUUCAUGAAAAUUUAGAGAUUUAGGAUGACAUCUAAAUUAGAAUUGUAAGUAUGCAGAAGACUUUGCUCAGAACCAUCAGUAAAAAAAGAGGAAAUAAGAGAAGGUCAACAGCUAAUACUCAGGAACUCCAUGAGACAAGCCAACCCAGAACCAAGUUCUAGAAUAAGAAAGCUCUUAGGUGGCAAGGGUUUUCAAACGGCAAGUAAAUGUACAAUUAGCAGUGGGGAGGGAGCUUAGUAUAUAGUCCAGCAUACUUUGUACUAGAUGUGAGGGUAAAAGGAAAGAAAUCAAGAAUGGUGCCUCGAUGUGGGGGUUUAAUAACUGAGGGAAAAGUGGAAUGACUGCAAAGGAACUGGCUUGAUGUAUAAAAUCAAGAGUUCUGUUUUGGACAUAGUAAGUGUCUAUUCACUGAGUGGAGAUGCCAAAUAAGGAAGUUGGGUACGUGCUGGACCUCAUGAGUGUUUUCUGGACAAUACCAGAAACUCAAAGAUAUACUUUGUUGCCAAUCAACACGAGCGCUGAGAUUGGCAGAAAGAACACAGAAUUAGAAGUCAGAAGAUUUGGGUUUUCAUUCCUAUUAGAUAUCGUAUAACCUUAAAUAAGUCAUUCAUUUCUGUCCAGAAAUGUUUCACAUCUGUAAAGUUAAGAUAAUACCAUGCCAUCACUGGUUGGGAAGAUAAAAUGAGAACCUAUACGGAAGUCUUUGGGAUAGCUAAAAGUAUCUUAUAAAUCUUAGGAACUGGGUUAGUAUAAUUCAAUAGGAGAAUUUUCAAAGAUUUGGAGAAUUGGGUAGAGGCUUUGACUGAACCUGAGAAUAAGAGGAUGGAAAAAAAAUGAGACUGACUUGUGAAGUAAAGUAUGACCUUGUCCUGUGGUUGGAAUGUGAGGCUUUUCCUGUAGCCCUAAUUGUGAGUUAAGUUGUCUUUGUCUGUGGACAUACAGAAAGAUGUUUUUAAAGAAAGAUGAGAACAGUCUUCUGCAAAUUGAAGAUCCCUGCCUCUUCUACCCUCCCCAAAAGAGAAAAUAAUAGUAGGAAGAACCUUAGAGAUAAUUCAAUCCAAUCCACAUGUUUUAUAGAGGAAAUUGAAGCCCAGGGAAGCUGUGUGACUUAUACAGCCUUUAUGUUAUGUAGUAGAUAAAUGUAAUGAUUCUUUUCCUGCCUUUUUUGCAACUAACUGAAUACAAUAGUAAGUUUAUGAGGUGACUUUUUAAACAUUCUGAAUCUUACAGGAAAGUUUCAAGUACAGUACAAAAAACUUCUUCUUUUUUUUUUUUUUUACAAUAAAAGCCUUAUCACAUAGCCUUAUCACCCCCAAAUGCUUAUAGUGUGUAUUUUUUAUACACAAGUACAUUCUCCUACAUAACCAUAGUAUAACUGUCAAAACCAGGAAAUUAACAUUGAUACAUUACAAUGUUGUGAAGUAAAGUAUGACCUUGUCCUGUGGUUGGAAUGUGAGGCUUUUCCUAUAGCCCUGAUUGUGAGUUAAGUUAAGGGUCUAAUUCUCAGGCCCUAUUCAAGUUUUGCCAGUGAUCCCAGUGGUAUCCUCUGUAACAAAAGGAUGCAGUUUUAGGAUUACCCCAUUACAUGUAGCUAUCAUAUCUCUCUACUUUUCUUUAGCCUGGAGGAGUUCCUCAGUCUUUCCUUGACUUUCAUGUCUUGACAUUUUGAAGACUACAGGCCAUUUGUUAAUGUAGAAUUCCCUCAAUGUGGGCUUGUCUGAUGCUUCCUUAUGAUUAGAUGCAGGUUCUGCAUUUUGAUAGGAAUAUCAGAUAAGUGAGACUAUCUUCUUCACGUUGUAUCUACCAGUUGGCAUGUAGCUUCCAUUUGUCCCACUACUGGUGAUGUUCAUUUAAUCACUUGAUUAAGGGGGUGUCUGCCAGGCUUUUCAUCUGUGAAGUUACGCUUUUUCCAUUUACAGUAAGUCCCCACUUAACAUCCUCUAUAGGUUCUAGAUUUUUGGAAACUGUGACUUUAAGCCAAAUUAUAUACUGUAUAACAAAACCAGUUUUACCAUAGGCCAGUUGAUAUAAACAAGAGUUAAGUUCCUAUGGCAUAUAGUACAUCAUGUGGCUUAAAGUUGCUGUUUUCAAGAACCUAUUGAGGACAUUAAGUGAGGACUUACUGUAUACUUAAUAGGUAUUUGUGAGGAAGACCGUUUGAAAUGAUUUAAAUUUCCUGUUCAUUCAGAUUUUGAUUUCUUCCUUUAUUUAUAUCAGUAUGGAUUAAUGGUUUUCUAUUUUAUCUGAGUUAUAAUCCAUUUGAUGUUUAGACUUCCUCUGAUGUGAUGUGGCCAGUGGAAAUUCCUUCAAGCUGGCUUCUGAUCCCUUUCACAUGUCUUCAUCACUUCCUGGCUUUCUGGUACCACAAGGUAUUCCAGGAUACUUUCGUGUUUUUCCAGCCCCGGGGCGGAAUCAGCCAUUUCUCAAGAAGCCCUGAGUCUUUUAGUGGAAAAAUGGCAUUUAGAAGUAGAGAUCUAGGCUGAGUAUCAGCUGAGGCAGGAGGAUCGCUUAAAGUUUGAGACCAGCCUUAGCAACACAAUGAGACCCCAUCUCUAAAACAAAAUAGAAAAGAAAAAAAAAAGGAAGAGGUAGAGAUCUGAGAUCUAGGUAUGCAUAUUGCUAUGGGAGCAGCAUGCAGCCCCUCUUAGGACAUGAUGAGCUAUUUAUAUUGAGCUAGCCGUGGAUAUUGCAAACCAUGAGUUGAUCCUGUCACUUCCAAUUCUAAUCCAACACUUCAAGAUUCUUUCUAGUUUUCUCCCUUUCUGUAUUUGUAACUCCUGCAACAAUAAGAAACCUCGUUGCCACUAUCUUUGGUAUACUUAUUUGAUCAAAAAGCCACUGUUACCUUUUACAGCAUGGGUACCCUCCUCACCCUGUAUAGGCUCUGGGUGCCCCCCACCCCUUCAGCACCUGAGCCGUGUCCUCCAUGUGGACACCUGCUCACACUCCUCAGCUUGGAACCCACACCAGUCCAACUCACACAUGGUUUGCCCCACCCUGCUUAGACCCUGAUGCCUCACAGUAGGCCUUCGCCUGCAUGGACAUCCUUCUCACCCCACACCAGACUCUCCCCUGACAUAGAAGCUCUGUUUACCCUGCACAGACUCUUAACACCCCUCACCAGGCCACCCCUCGUCACCCUGCUCAUGCUGCCAUCUGUCUAUGUGAACACUCCUGGAAGUUCUCACCUGGCCCAUUGACUUUAUCCCAAACUAGGCGACACCCUCCUCACCCUGAUGAGCUCUCACACCCUCACUGUCCACCUCCCUGUUUGGACACUUUCCUCACCCCACUCGGGAUCUGACACCCCACAUCAGGCCUUUCCCUACAUGAGUCCCUCGUCAGCUCACCUGGCUCUGGCACCCCUUGUGAGUCUUCCCCUGCAGGGAGUCCCUCCUCAGCCCACUCCGGGAUCUUCUCCUGGAGAUGCUAUCUUUACCUUACUUAAGCUCUGACUCUCUCUGCUAAGUCCCCCACCCCCUUAAGUGUGGACGUCCUCCCAUCACACUUGGGCCUCAACACCUAUGUGGAGUAGCCACGCCUCAUACCACUUCCGACUGCCCAUCCUAGACUGUUGCCCAAAGCGGAUGCCUCUCCUUGGCCCACAGGCUCAGACAGCCCAUGCCAGGCUGCUGCCCUGCAUGGACCUCCUCGCUCCCCUCCAUGUCUGACUCUACUUGCUGGGCCGUGCCCUUCCUGGGGCUCCAGCACUGGGCAGCAGCCUCCCACUACCGGCAUGCCCACCUACAGCCUUCAGGACUGAGUGGUUCAGGAGGAAGGGGACGGAAAGAAGAGCUAGGGUUUAAUCUGACAUAUAAGUUUAAGUUCUCAGAUUCUAAGCAAAAGCAAAAAAGCAGAAAGUUAUUUUCCUCCUUCACCAAACAUAAAUGAAUGUUAUCAUUUCUUAAUUAUAGGUUACCUAGAUUUUCAGCUAAAAAGAAUUCUUUUCAGAUUUUUUCUUUCAUCUGUGCUUCUAUAGCCCCAUAUGGAUACUUCUUUUUAAAUACUUAUCACAUGAUUUUUAGUUAUUGUUCUGUCCCCUCCUGGUUGGGUAACCAACCACCUUAAUUUGCAGAGGCCUGAGGAAGCCCUUGCAGUUUUAGAACUGGGACAGUCCUUGUCAACAGGUACGAGUUGAUCACCCUAACUGGAGAUGCAGGAUGCAGGACUUUCAGUGUGAAAAGUGGCAAACCAGGAUGAGUUACUUACAUUCUGGUGACUAAGUUCAUAAGGAACCAUUAUUUUUUUUCAUGUCUCCAUUGCAGUACACAUAGAACUUUUAAUCAAAUUGAAUUUGAUUAACUUUGGGCAAGGAUCUACUACAGAACAGGAGCUGGCAAGCCCUUUUCUGAGCACAAAGAGAGGAGCAUGCCAGACGCUCGUCACUUUCAAAUAAGGCUAAAUUUUAUCUGCAAAUGCAAUUAGGGCUGAAGGAGGUGUGUGACUUCUCCCCAGACCCCAUAGUGACGCCAAAGUGAAAUAUACCCCAAUCUUAGGACUAUAUAGGCCUUACUUGUUGACCUGGCAUUACAAGUUAUCAGGCAUAUGACCACAGGCUAGUCCAAACUAGACUAGGCAUGGCUCAUGCCUGUCAUCCUAGCUCUUUGGGAGGCCGAGGUGAGAGGAUUACUUGAGCCUAGAAUUUCAAAGCUGCAGUGAGCUAUGAUCAUGCCACUACAUUCCAGCCUGGGUGACAGAGCAAGACCCUAUCUCAGAACACAAAACACAACAAAACCCAAACUAGAAAGAUAUGAUGACUGUGAAUUCAGAGUAUUUUAUAGAGAAUAGAGAACCAUUGUUUUAUAGAAUAUUCUGAGGAGAUCAGGACUCCUUUAUACUCUUAAAUAAAAGUGCUAUGUCUAUUGAUAUUUAUCAUGUUUGAAAUUAAAACUGAGAAAAUUUCUAAACAUUCAUUUUGUAAUUAAAGAAUUACAAUAAUAUAGCUAGGUGAGUCCCAGCUACUUGGAAGGCUGAGGCAAGAGCAUGGCUUGAGGCCAGGAAUUUGAUGCCGAAGUGCUCCAGGAACACGGCUGUGAAUAGCCAUUGCUUUCUAGCCUGGCUAGAACAUAGCGAGACCCUAUCUCUACAAAAAUAAAAAAAUUAACCAGACAUGCAGCUCAUCCCUAUAAUCCCAGCUACUCAGGAUGCUGAGAUGGAAGGAUCACUUGAGCUCAAGAAUUCAAGACUAUCCUGGACAACGUAGCAAGACCCUAUCUGUAAAAUAAAUAAGUUUUCACUGGAAUUUUCACAGCGGAAAUGUUCCUGAAGCUCAUAGCCAUGGAUCCCUACUAUUAUUUCCAAGAAGGUUGGAACAUUUUUGACGGAUUUAUUGUCUCCCUCAGUUUAAUGGAACUGAGUCUAGCAGACGUGGAGGGGCUUUCAGUGCUGCGAUCUUUCCGAUUGCUCCGAGUCUUCAAAUUGGCCAAAUCCUGGCCCACCCUGAACAUGCUAAUCAAGAUUAUUGGAAAUUCAGUGGGUGCCCUGGGCAACCUGACACUGGUGCUGGCCAUUAUUGUCUUCAUCUUUGCCGUGGUGGGGAUGCAACUCUUUGGAAAAAGCUACAAAGAGUGUGUCUGCAAGAUCAACCAGGACUGUGAACUCCCUCGCUGGCAUAUGCAUGACUUUUUCCAUUCCUUCCUCAUUGUCUUUCGAGUGUUGUGCGGGGAGUGGAUUGAGACCAUGUGGGACUGCAUGGAAGUGGCAGGCCAGGCCAUGUGCCUCAUUGUCUUUAUGAUGGUCAUGGUGAUUGGCAACUUGGUGGUGCUGAACCUGUUUCUGGCCUUGCUCCUGAGCUCCUUCAGUGCAGACAACCUGGCUGCCACAGAUGACGAUGGGGAAAUGAACAACCUCCAGAUCUCAGUGAUCCGUAUCAAGAAGGGUGUGGCCUGGACCAAACUAAAGGUGCACGCCUUCAUGCAGGCCCACUUUAAGCAGCGUGAGGCCGAUGAGGUGAAGCCUCUGGAUGAGUUGUAUGAAAAGAAGGCCAACUGUAUUGCCAAUCACACCGGUGCAGACAUCCACCGGAAUGGCGACUUCCAGAAGAAUGGCAAUGGCACAACCAGCGGCAUUGGCAGCAGCGUGGAGAAGUACAUCAUUGAUGAGGACCACAUGUCCUUCAUCAACAACCCCAACUUGACUGUGCGGGUACCCAUUGCUGUGGGCGAGUCUGACUUUGAGAACCUCAACACAGAGGAUGUUAGCAGCGAGUCGGAUCCUGAAGGCAGCAAAGAUAAACUAGAUGACACCAGCUCCUCUGAAGGAAGCACCAUUGAUAUCAAACCAGAAGUAGAAGAGGUCCCUGUGGAACAGCCUGAGGAAUACUUGGAUCCAGAUGCCUGCUUCACAGAAGGUUGUGUCCAGCGGUUCAAGUGCUGCCAGGUCAACAUCGAGGAAGGGCUAGGCAAGUCUUGGUGGAUCCUGCGGAAAACCUGCUUCCUCAUCGUGGAGCACAACUGGUUUGAGACCUUCAUCAUCUUCAUGAUUCUGCUGAGCAGUGGCGCCCUGGCCUUCGAGGACAUCUACAUUGAGCAGAGAAAGACCAUCCGCACCAUCCUGGAAUAUGCUGACAAAGUCUUCACCUAUAUCUUCAUCCUGGAGAUGUUGCUCAAGUGGACAGCCUAUGGCUUCGUCAAGUUCUUCACCAAUGCCUGGUGUUGGCUGGACUUCCUCAUUGUGGCUGUCUCUUUAGUCAGCCUUAUAGCUAAUGCCCUGGGCUACUCGGAACUAGGUGCCAUAAAGUCCCUUAGGACCCUAAGAGCUUUGAGACCCUUAAGAGCCUUAUCACGAUUUGAAGGGAUGAGGGUGGUGGUGAAUGCCUUGGUGGGCGCCAUCCCCUCCAUCAUGAAUGUGCUGCUGGUGUGUCUCAUCUUCUGGCUGAUUUUCAGCAUCAUGGGAGUUAACUUGUUUGCGGGAAAGUACCACUACUGCUUUAAUGAGACUUCUGAAAUCCGAUUUGAAAUUGAAGAUGUCAACAAUAAAACUGAAUGUGAAAAGCUUAUGGAGGGGAACAAUACAGAGAUCAGAUGGAAGAACGUGAAGAUCAACUUUGACAAUGUUGGGGCAGGAUACCUGGCCCUUCUUCAAGUAGCAACCUUCAAAGGCUGGAUGGACAUCAUGUAUGCAGCUGUAGAUUCCCGGAAGCCUGAUGAGCAGCCUAAGUAUGAGGACAAUAUCUACAUGUACAUCUACUUUGUCAUCUUCAUCAUCUUCGGCUCCUUCUUCACCCUGAACCUGUUCAUUGGUGUCAUCAUUGAUAACUUCAAUCAACAAAAGAAAAAGUUCGGAGGUCAGGACAUCUUCAUGACCGAAGAACAGAAGAAGUACUACAAUGCCAUGAAAAAGCUGGGCUCAAAGAAGCCACAGAAACCUAUUCCCCGCCCCUUGAACAAAAUCCAAGGAAUCGUCUUUGAUUUUGUCACUCAGCAAGCCUUUGACAUUGUUAUCAUGAUGCUCAUCUGCCUUAACAUGGUGACAAUGAUGGUGGAGACAGACACUCAAAGCAAGCAGAUGGAGAACAUCCUCUACUGGAUUAACCUGGUGUUUGUUAUCUUCUUCACCUGUGAGUGCGUGCUCAAAAUGUUUGCGUUGAGGCACUACUACUUCACCAUUGGCUGGAACAUCUUCGACUUCGUGGUAGUCAUCCUCUCCAUUGUGGGAAUGUUCCUGGCAGAUAUAAUUGAGAAAUACUUUGUUUCCCCAACCCUAUUCCGAGUCAUCCGAUUGGCCCGUAUUGGGCGCAUCUUGCGUCUGAUCAAAGGCGCCAAAGGGAUUCGUACCCUGCUCUUUGCCUUAAUGAUGUCCUUGCCUGCCCUGUUCAACAUCGGCCUUCUGCUCUUCCUGGUCAUGUUCAUCUUCUCCAUUUUUGGGAUGUCCAAUUUUGCAUAUGUGAAGCACGAGGCUGGUAUCGAUGACAUGUUCAACUUUGAGACAUUUGGCAACAGCAUGAUCUGCCUGUUUCAAAUCACAACCUCAGCUGGUUGGGAUGGCCUGCUGCUGCCCAUCCUAAACCGCCCCCCUGACUGCAGCCUAGAUAAGGAACACCCAGGGAGUGGCUUUAAGGGAGAUUGUGGGAACCCCUCAGUGGGCAUCUUCUUCUUUGUAAGCUACAUCAUCAUCUCUUUCCUAAUUGUCGUGAACAUGUACAUUGCCAUCAUCCUGGAGAACUUCAGUGUAGCCACAGAGGAAAGUGCAGACCCUCUGAGUGAGGAUGACUUUGAGACCUUCUAUGAGAUCUGGGAGAAGUUCGACCCCGAUGCCACCCAGUUCAUUGAGUACUGUAAGCUGGCAGACUUUGCAGAUGCCUUGGAGCAUCCUCUCCGAGUGCCCAAGCCCAAUACCAUUGAGCUCAUCGCUAUGGAUCUGCCAAUGGUGAGCGGGGAUCGCAUCCACUGCUUGGACAUCCUUUUUGCCUUCACCAAGCGGGUCCUGGGAGAUAGCGGGGAGUUGGACAUCCUGCGGCAGCAGAUGGAAGAGCGGUUCGUGGCAUCCAAUCCUUCCAAAGUGUCUUACGAGCCAAUCACAACCACACUGCGUCGCAAGCAGGAGGAGGUAUCUGCAGUGGUCCUGCAGCGUGCCUACCGGGGACAUUUGGCAAGGCGGGGCUUCAUCUGCAAAAAGACAACUUCUAAUAAGCUGGAGAAUGGAGGCACACACCGGGAGAAAAAAGAGAGCACCCCAUCUACAGCCUCCCUCCCGUCCUAUGACAGCGUAACUAAACCUGAAAAGGAGAAACAGCAGCGGGCAGAGGAAGGAAGAAGGGAAAGAGCCAAAAGACAAAAAGAGGUCAGAGAAUCCAAGUGUUAGAGGAGAACAAAAAUUCAAUAUUAUACAGAUCUAAAACUCGCAAGUGAAAGAUUGUUUACAAACUUCCUGAAUAUUAUCAAUGCAGAACAGCUGUGGAGACUCUAACCUGAAGAUCUAUACCAAACGUCGUCCGCUUACCACGUAACACAGCUGCAUCUUGAGCAGUGACCUGCCAAGGGCAAAGGACCCCGCUCCCUAGACUUACAGAUUUUCUAAUGCUUGGGCAGGUGGUUACUGCAUGUUCCACAUCAGUCAAUGCAACUUAGGACAAAACUAACCAGAUACAGAAACAGAAGAGAGGCUGCCGGGACCAGCAUAUUUCCGUUGCAGCCAAAUGGAUUUUAUUUUUUCAUUUUAUUGAUUCUCAGAAGCAGAAAGCAUCACUUUAAAAGUUCGUUUGUUCAUGCAAACUAUAUUUGCAUUCUUACAUUAGUUAAGCUAAGCAGCAAAAAGAAAACACACACACACACUCACAUUUAGCCCAUGUCAUUUAAUUGUCAGUUUCUUUGACAUAAAGCGCAUCUUCUCCACAUGGGCUUCACGUGGUUUGGAGAUGGGUGGGGGAAAACAAUCAGGUUUCUUCAGGCUGAGGAGGACUUGCUCAGGCCGAUUCCAAACAUUGUGCUCGUUCAAUGCGUAGAAAUGAUUUGCAUGAUGGCAUGCCGUGAUCAGAAGUCAUGCAUGAGAUCCAUACACCACAGGACACUACUAAUCUAGUCCCUUGCAUUGGGUCAGCCUUUGGACAGGACCCAGCCCUGCACCGUUCACUGUAUUUGGAGAAAAUGGUAAGAGUUCCAUACCGGCUACAAUUCUUUGAGUUCUUAAAAGUCCUUCAUACACCUUCCGGGUAGGGAAACAACCAACUAAUUGACUACCACCACCACCAACAAAAAACAAACCCAAUCCAACAAGCAGGUGGAUCCGUUGCGUGUAUAUGUUUAACAGACAUGUCUAACAUACAGCCAUUGUUGCACAUUUUGCAAGAUGAACUGUUUCAUGCUGCUCUGUGUCCAGUACAUGGGGGAGACUUUGAUCCCAAAUGGCUUGUACUAUUUAUGUCACUGUAAAACCAAAUCCUAGGGCUAAAAAAUUCAUUUGUAUCUUGCAAUAUUUAUGAUGAUCGUUUAGCCUUCAUACUGGAGAAUUGACACUUAUUUGGGGUAGAGAUAAAAGUGCUUUUCAAAGUAGCACCAGUUAUCUCUAGGGGUAAUUUGGGGAACUUAAAAUGACCUUUCAUUGGGA